GAGAGACAGAGUAUGCGAAGAGUGUGAAAACGAAGAGCAUAAACAACACGGGACGAAGAGAGAGAGAGAGAGAGAGAGAGAAAGUGUGUUUUAGAAAGAGAAAGAUAGAGAGAGAGACAAAGAGACUGUUUGUGUCUUCUUACCCAUUCGAGGAAUCAAAGCAUCUUUUUUCGAGCUCAAGAAGACGAGAGGCUAAAAGAUAAGGGAAGGGGCUGAAAAAUUAGGGUUUUUUUUUCCUUUAUCUUUCUUCUUUGCAUUCAGCUCGCUAAAUAAGUGUUAUCCAUCUCCGAGUAAUCAAGUAGCUUCACAACCUAAACCUGGAAAUAGAUCUUGGUGCAUCUCAAGAGUGUGAUUUUUAGGCAUUAUGGUGAUCUGAAUUUAUGUAGUUUGUAGGGACUCUCACGGGCUGUGAUCGGGUCAUGAAUGCGUGUCUGAGGACAUGCUUGAACCAAGGGGAGCGGACAUACCAAUAUUGUUCCUGGUUUUGGUUGUACUUCCUGUGGUAGCUUACAUAUUAUUAGGAAAAUGGAGUGAUAUUUCUGCUAAAAGAGGAAGGGCUAACUUGCUGGCUCAGAUGGCAGCUGAAGAAGCUUUUAGAGCUGAGACCAUGGUUAAUGCGAGUAGUGAUGGUAGAUAUGAGGCUGUAGCUACUGAGAUUAGGGCUCCAAGAACUAAGACCAAGACUGUUUCUGCUUCUAGUGGUACUGUAAGAGCCGAGUUUGUGGCUGGUGUGAGUGGGACUAUAGCAGAACAGAGAUCUGAUUCUGUGGCUGCUACAAGUGGGAUCCCAGCUGUGGCUACUCUCAACAAUAAUGAGUUACAUGUAUGUGCAAAAUGUUUUGGUCCUGCUAAGACACGUUGCUCAAGAUGCAAAUCUGUUAGAUAUUGUUCUGGGAAGUGCCAAAUAAUUCACUGGAGGUUAGCUCAUAAAGAUGAAUGUAUCCCUGUGGAGGCUUGCUCUUCUUCAUCUGAGAGGGUUUCCUUUGAGAANAUUCUGUUUAACUGCAAAUGGAAAACAUCCAUUUUUUCCUUGACAUGUACAAAACCACUCGUUGNAAGCUCUGUAGAUUUUGCAAGUUUGGGUAUCUCUCAGACAGAUAUUACGGCACAAGUCAACACGCAAGGGAGAAUAAGUGUAGGAAAACAAAAUUCUUCCAAGUCCAACCGAGAAUCAUCUAGAAGAGACAGUGCUACUUUGUUUGAUUCUUCUGAAGAAGUUUCUCGAGGUGAAGCUGCUUGUGCUGGUGGCGAUAACAAGAAGGGUCACACUAAACAUAAGUCGAAAAGCAACAGCUAUGCUGCCGAAACAAAUCCUAGAAAGCAUUCUGUUGACAGCUAUGGUGUGCAAAUGAAAGGACAGCCUUUUGUAAGUGGUAUGCAGGAAAGUCAUGAAAACAAUUUGGGAGCAAGAAGCUCUUUUGGUUGCCCAAACACACAAAUUCCUGCAAACGGUUACAAAACUGCUACAUUGCCCAAAACAGGUGUGAACAAAUCUGGAGAACAAGCAUGCACCGAGACAAGUAAGAAUGGGCAAGUUGCUGCGGUAUCAAAGAUUAAUAGGUCUACGGAUACUGGCAUCGCUGUAGAAAGCAAUGGCAUCUCCGCAACGAUGGGAAUAAUGAAGAUGAUGGGUUUAAGAAGUUCUACAAAUCAUGAUGAUCGACAUAAGAACCUGAAAAUGCUUUUUCCAUACGAGGAAUUUAUUAAAUUCUUUCAGUGUGAAGUGUUUGACUUAUCACCUAGGGGCCUUGUAAAUUGUGGAAACAGUUGCUACGCAAACGCAGUCUUGCAGUCCUUGACAUGUACAAAACCACUCGUUGCUUAUUUGCUUCGACGAUCACAUUCAAGAUCAUGUUCUGGGAAAGAUUGGUGCCUUAUGUGUGAACUUGAGCAACAUGUAAUGAUGCUUAGGGAAUCUGGAGGUCCACUUUCUGCUAGCAGGAUUCUCUCACACAUGCGAAGUAUAAAUUGUCAGAUUGGUGAUGGGAGUCAAGAAGAUGCGCAUGAGUUCCUAAGGCUUUUGGUUGCCUCUAUGCAAUCCAUAUGUUUGGAGAGGCUUGGAGGUGAGACCAAAGUGGAUCCAAGACUGCAAGAAACAACCUUAGUUCAACAUAUGUUUGGUGGACGUCUCCGCUCAAAGGUGAAAUGCUUGAGGUGUGAUCAUGAAUCAGAAAGAUACGAGAAUAUAAUGGAUCUCACAUUAGAGAUAUAUGGUUGGGUAGAAUCUCUUCAAGACGCCCUUACUCAGUUUACUAGACCGGAAGAUCUCGAUGGAGAAAAUAUGUAUCGAUGCAGCAGGUGUGCUGGAUAUGUUAGAGCAAGGAAAGAAUUGAGCAUUCAUGAAGCACCAAACAUUCUCACAAUUGUCCUCAAGAGAUUCCAGGAGGGAAAAUAUGGGAAAAUAAACAAAUGUAUAACUUUUCCUGAAAUGCUGGACAUGAUUCCUUUCAUGACAAGAACUGGAGAUGUUCCUCCGCUUUAUAUGCUUUACGCUGUCAUAGUUCACUUGGAUACUCUCAACGCAUCUUUCUCGGGUCAUUACAUUUCCUAUGUCAAAGAUUUGAGAGGGAAUUGGUACAGAAUCGAUGAUUCCGAGAUUCAUCGAGUACCAAUGACUCAAGUUAUGUCAGAAGGAGCUUAUAUGUUGUUCUACAUGAGAUCUUGUCCGCGUCCUCAAAAAGGAGAAUACUACGGAAAAGCUCAGGUUCAGCAUUUGCAACCAAGAUACGAGAUGAAGGAACAGAGGAAAUCACCGGUGAACCGCUUCAAACAGAGAGCAGACCACAAGAACACCGAAUCAUCAUCAAGUGAAUGGUCUCUCUUCACGAGCUCAGAUGAAGCUUCUUUCACCACAGAAUCAACCAGAGACUCUUUCAGCACCAUAGACUACACAGAUGUUUGCCACGUUGGAGACUCUUCUUCUCCUUUUGCCAUCUUCAACAACUUAUACCACAACGUUGAGCCAUCGCCACACAACACUGUUGCUUGCAGAAUGUUCUCAGGUACCAAACCAGAAACCCGGUAUUUCGUCGAGGAACAAACAAAUCACAACAACACGGUCGUGCUGGACUCUUCAUCAUCACCAGCACCAUAUCCAAGUCAAUCAGCAGCACCGUAUCCGUCCCAAGAUUAUUACGAGCAGGGUAUGUAUGUAAAUUAUGAGACUAACCCAGAAUCUAACAAUGGUCAGGAUCAGGAUCGAACUUACAGUUACUGGUAGUUAGUAGAAGAGACUAGAGAGGAUUCUGUUUUUGAACCUCCCUGAUUUUUAAAUAUGUUUAGAGAGAUCUCUUUAGGGAUACUUAACUCAAGUGCCCUGAGAUUUUUUUGUUUGUCUUUAAAUCAUCUGUGUGUUUGGGUAUCAGGGCAAAUGUUUAAAUCUCAUUUUAUCAAAUUCCCCUGUUUCUGUAUGCUC